GAGUUUACGUUCUUCUGGUUCAGAUCUGCACGUUGUCCAACCCCUUCACUCUGCAGGGUUCAAUGUGUAAGUCAAAGCCUCUGAGCUUGUCCUCCCUCUCGUUGUGAGGUCGUCUCUGUCCCGCAUCCCCGUGAGCUUUUUGACGCCGUGCAGGUAGUGGCCGUCCGCGCGCUUUCGCCCUGCCCUCUGCCUUCCGCCCGCGGACCCGGCCCGCUGCGCCCUUCCCUGACUCGCGACCCCUGCCUCGGCCCAGCCGCGGUGUGCCUUCGUCACUCGGAAGGUGGCUGGCUGCACGGCGUUCGCCGCCCUCAGGCAGAGCGGAAGCGGAGAAGAGGAGGAAGGAGACCCGUGUGGAGUUUUCGGGCCGGGCCGUCACCACCGUUGACCUGUCAGCUUCCGGAGUGACGAGCAAAGCUUUGAGAGCGCAGUCUCAGCAGGUUUUAGCCUUUAGCAGGUUUGCUGGUUCCGGCUGCCACGUUCAGAGGUCUCCUGGAUGAAAUUCCUUGAUUCUUGAAUGAUGGAUCCAAGGCUGGAUUUCUGAUGUACUCAGCAUCUGGAGGUGGUGGUCAUCUGGAGAUCUGGUUGAGUGGAGCAUCGUGGGCAGGAAGGUCCGGUUAAGCCACUGUUGGCAAGGUUGGCGUUGCAAGUCCUCGGAGGGGACUGAGAAAAUUCUCCCAGGGGGCGCCCUUCCCCCCAGCGGAGUCGGAAGGCCAGCCUCACUCCAGAGGAACUCUUCAAUAAAGACAGAUCUUUCCCACUGCCCUGUCCAACCUUUUCAAAAUUCAGUUUCACCAAGCUGUCACUCAACUUAGACCUCUUCAGGGUAAUUUAACGGAGUCACUACCCUAUUUAAGCCUCAGUGUACACACCUGAAACAUGGAGUGAAUGAGGAAUUCCAAGUUUAACCAAAUGAGAUCCUUGAAAUGAUUUUCAAAAUUGGGUAUGUUUGCAGUGGCAAUUUUUUGAGAGAAGGUGCCCAAUUAGAAUCUGAAAUGAUUCUCAGCCCUCCAGAAAUGCUGACCAUUAAGAAAGAGGCAGAGCCAUAAGCUCCAAAACAAAAAAAAAGUUGCCUCCCUUAAGACCUCCCUCUUUCUCCUUUCUCUUCCUCUCUCUCCCUCCCUCCCUCCUGCCUCUUUCUGAAUCAGGAGUGAGUUUUAAAUUUUAUUGUGUCUUCUGGCAUUAAAUCUUUUUGUGGUUCCCCUGACCCUCCAAAAAAAAAUCUAAAUUCAGUAUAGCAAUAGCAGGAAUUCUGGAGCUGGGAUGGCUCUUCAGAGUUGUUCCUAAUUGAAGGAAGAGACAAGCUUUUCUGUUCUACGUUGAUAGUCACUCGAUGCUGGCUACAUAGCUGCAGGCCAUGAACUUAGAGGAAGCAGUUCCUUUGGCCGAAUACCCAGUGCACAGAAUACAGUGGAACCCAGACGUGUGCAUAUUUCUGAAAGGGGAAGGGUGUUUGGACUAUGAGUGAAAAAAAUCUCACUCAUUUAUCAUUGUAUGUAAGUUUAUUGUCCCUCAGUCCCUCUUACAGUGGGCAGCAGAUGGCCAUCUUUUCCCCAUACUUGGUUUCUCCAUCUGUGUGAAAAAUCCAUUUGCUUUAAUUUUUUUAUCUCUUCCCUGAUCAUUUCAAAGUUUCCCCUGCUGGUGUCUCCUGAACCCUGUUCUCUGAGUAUGACAGUGUCCCCUGCUUUAGCUUUGAACCUCUUCUUGACAAUACCCACAGCCUUACUUAUCACCUACUCUAUGGCUUUGACACUAUAUCUGUGUCUCCCUGUACCCUGCAGACCUCUCCCAGGAACCCUAGAAUCCUGUGUCCAUGUAUCACCUCAACUCUGCUGGGACAUCCAACAGGAAGAAGCCUGGAAGAGGAGGAAGAGGAAAAAGUCAAAAAUGGCUGUUAUUCAGGGUCUGUUGACAUUCAGGGAUGUGGCCAUAGAGUUCUCCCAGGAGGAGUGGAAAUGCCUAGCCCCUGCUCAGAGGACUUUAUACAGGGAUGUGAUGUUGGAGAACUACAGGAACCUGGUCUCCCUGGCAGGAAUCUCUCCUUUUGACCGGAAUGUUGUCUCUAUGUUGGAGCAAGGAGCAGAGCCCUGGAAUGUGGAUGGCCAAGUGAAAGCAUGCCAAAACUCAGAUGGGUGGGAAUGUGUCAAAGGUGUGACCACAGACAACUCUCCUAUAUCUGUCAUCAAGGAAUUGCUACCAAAAAGGAAAAGUGAUACAGGAGAAAUGUUCCAGACAGUAAUGUUGGAAAGAUGUAAAAUCCAUGACAUUGAAGAAUUGUGCUUCAAAGAAAUCCAGAAAAAUAUACAUGGCUUUCAGUGCCAUUGCAGAGAGGGUGGAAGACUUGACAUAGGAUUCUGUGUGACUCACAAGGAAAAUCUGAUGGGUAGAAGAGAUGAAUAUGGUACAAUGGAUCCAGGAAAGAAACAUAUUAAAAAUUGGCAUAGAUUAAACUUUCAGUCACAUCUGCCUGAACUGCAGCUGUAUGCAAGGGAAAGAAACAUUUAUGAAUGGAAUUAUAUUGAACAGUCUAUCAAUGAUUCCUCAGUUUCAUGCCACCAAAGUAAUCCUUCUAGUGUGAAAACAAACAUUUCUCAUGAAUAUGAAAAUGAUUUUAUUGAUUCUUUAUUUUUCACACAAGAACGGGACAUGCACAUUAGUACAAAACCUUACAGAUGGAAUGAUUGUGGCAAAUCUUUUAACCAAGGCCCACAAUUUACUAUGCAUCAAAUAGUCUGGGCUGGAGAGAAACAGUUUAUAUGUGAUAUAUGUGGUAAGGUCUUCAAUCAGAAAUCAAAUCUUAUAAGUCAUCAGAGAAUUCAUACAAGUGAGAAACCAUACAAAUGUAAUGAAUGUGGAAAAGUCUUCAAUCAUAUUUGUCAUCUUGCAAAACAUCGGCGAAUUCAUACUGGAGAAAAACCUUUCAAAUGUAAUGAAUGUGGCAAGGUCUUCAGUCACAAGUCAAACCUAGCAAAUCAUCAGAGAAUCCAUACUGGAGAGAAACCAUACAAGUGUAAUGUAUGUGGCAAGGUCUUCAGCCGGAUUUCAAACCUUGCAAAUCAUCGUAGAAUUCACACUGGAGAGAAACCAUAUAAAUGUAAUGAAUGUGGAAAAGUCUUCAAUCAUAUUUCUCAUCUUGCAAAACAUCGGCGAAUUCAUACUGGAGAAAAACCUUUCAAAUGUAAUGAAUGUGGCAAGGUCUUCAGUCACAAGUCAUACCUAGCAAACCAUCAGAGAAUCCAUACUGGAGAGAAACCAUACAAAUGUAAUGUAUGUGGCAAGGUCUUCACCCGAAUUUCAAACCUUGCAGAUCAUCGUAGAAUUCACACUGGAGAGAAACCAUACAAAUGUAAUGAAUGUGGCAAAGUAUUCCAUCAAAAUUCACACCUUGCCCAACAUCAAACAAUCCACACUGGAGAGAAACCUUUCAAAUGUAAUGAAUGUGGCAAAGUCUUUAGUCGCAAUUCCUACCUUGCACAACAUCUGAUAAUUCAUACGGGAGAAAAACCUUAUAAAUGUAGUGAAUGUGGCAAAGUCUUUAACCAUAUUUCACACCUUGCACAACAUCGUAGAAUUCAUACAGGAGAGAAACCUUACAAAUGUAAUGAAUGUGGCAGUGCUUUCCGUCAUAAGUCAUCCUUAGCAAAUCAUCAAAGAAUCCAUACUGGAGAGAAACCUUACAAGUGUAAAGAAUGUGGUGAAGUGUUUAGUCGUAAUUCAUAUCUUGCAAAACAUUUGAUAAUGCACACUGGAGAGAAACCUUUCAAAUGUAAUGAAUGUGGCAAGGUAUUCAGUUGGAAUUCCCACCUUGCACGUCAUCAAAGAAUUCAUACUGUAGAGAAACCUUACAAAUGUAAUGAAUGUGGCAAAGUGUUCAGUCUAAACUCAUCUCUAGCACAUCAUCGGAGAAUUCAUACUUGAGAAAACCUUAGAAAUGUAAUGAAUGGCCUAAGAUCUUCAGUCAAACUCGACAGCUUGUAAACCAGAUCACUCACGGGAGUGAAAUCGUCCAAAUUCAAUGAGAGUUGCAAAGCUGUUAGCAUGUGUGUUUAAGGCUAAGCGUGUAAUCCAUACUGGAAAAUAUAUCUCAAGGUCUUCCAUGACAAUUCCUAACUUGGAGUUCAUUGGAGAUUCCAUCCCAGAAAGAAAGGCGACAAGUGAAUGAGGCAAAAGUCUUCAGUCAGUGUUCGAGCCUAACAAAGCUUUGGAUUCCUGCUGGAAAGAUAAUUUUCAUAUAUAAUAGGGCAGGCCUUGAGUUAUCAUUUAACAUUAUCAUAACUAGCCAUAAGCUAAUCCAUAGUGGAGAAAAACCUUACCAAUGUAACAGUGCCUUAAGGUGAAACUCUGACAUUAGCAUUCACCAAAAAAUUCAUAGUUCAAAGAAACCUCACAAAUGGAAUAAGAAUGACAAAUCUGUGAUUAUGCACUCAAGCCUCAGUACACAACAGAUAUUGUAUCCUCAAAAAUCUUACAAAAAUGUGAUCAGUUUGGCAAAUCCUCUUUUCACUGCUUGCACUUCAAAACAUAUCAGAUAACCCAUACUGGAGAGACACCAUAGAAAUGUGAUGAUUGUGCAAAUUCAUACCUUGCAUAACACUGGAGAAUUUGUACAUGAAUGGUAUCUUACAGAUGCAGUGACAGUGGCAAAACUUUCAUUAUGAAUUCAAGCAAUAA